ACAAUUGGCAUAAACUUCCAUUCAAUUCCCACUCCUACACUCUGCAGCAGCGCCAUAUUGUCGCGAUUACAGAGCAUAUUUCUUGUCUCCGUUCCGUGUUAGCUAUUGAAGAAGUUGUACUCGGUUGAGCCUUCGAAAUCAGGAUUGGAGUCUAAUUCAAUCUUAGGCUACUUGGGUGUUAACGUUGACAGGGACGUUGUCAGGGCGGCUGCACACACAGCUGAGUGUUACGCUCUUGAGGCGCUUGUUGUGGAACUGAAAGCUGCUUAAGAAGACUCGACUCCAGGUUAUUGCGGUUGCUCUUGCGGAGCUACAUUUGAUCGCUUAACCAGAUUUUGUAAAUACAAUCUGUGCGUACAGGCCACUUAAUUUGUCGACACUACAAGGAUUAGAGGAAUUAGAGGACGUUAGCUCUUAACACCAGUUGCGCUCUCUCUCUCGCAGACGCACAGUUUGUGCAACCAUUUAUUGCCCCUGAAGUGUGUGACGGGGUUUGGAAUAGUUCUUCUGUGUGAAGGUUUGUGUGUCGAAGGGAACUUUUUUUUUCCUAUCUACUCUUGGUGAGUUCGAUCGUCUGUCAGAAAUGAUUACCAGCCAAGCAAUCCCAAUUCCCAGCGCCAGGAGUGCAUUCCAGCAGGGAGAGUACGUAGUGACUUCCUCCCCGCGAAGCCUGAGUGCUAUGAGCUCGAGCUCCAAACCGAAGGCAGGUGUGGCCAUGGCGUUCAGUGCUGGAGCAGCCACGUCCAAAGACCCUUACUCCACUCUCGGCUUGAGCCCUGGCGCCACAAAACAUGAGAUCAAGAAGGCUUACCGACGCCUUGCGCUGAAGUACCAUCCGGACGUUUGCGAAGGCAACCUCUGUAUUACAAAUUUCCAGCAAAUCAAUCACGCGUACGAGACGCUUCUCAACAACUCCACGUCGCAGUUCGGACAAUUUGAAGAUGACCUGUCUGACAACUUGGAAGGAUUUAUGGGAGUUGAAGAUGACUCCUGGGAAGACUGGGAAGAGUGGAUGGGAUUCGAAGGUGCUGGCACUCUGGACUUCUCCAAUCAUGUUAAUCCGAACUUGUAGUUUCUUUUCGGAGACGAUACUCUUGUGCACACCAUGUAAUAAACUCCUGUAUUAUGCUUUUCUUUGCACGCUGUUUCGUAUUACCAUGUACAUAGCGAUGACCGAUUGAAAUCGGAGUCAUCAACUUCACCUUCCGUAGCGAAAAUUUUGGAGCGCUACUGGGGCGGAUUGUUUAUAUUUCAGCGUAGGACAGGAUGAUUCUUUCACAUGACAGCCGAAGGCUAUGUGGGAUGUUGAAGCUUGUGGCUUGUACUAUGAGACUAUGAAAAUUAUGAAUCACUAUU